UGUACAUAUAGAUAUAUAACAUAAUGAAUAAAAUCAAUUACUUUUUAUUUUGUAUUAUCUUAUUGUUAUUCUGCAAUAUUCAGCAAGUCAAAUCACGACCAUUAAAUCUUGCAAAAACCACCGAAAAAAUACUAUCUAGUCUUGGAACAGGAACUUACUAUGAUGUUGCAGCUGGUUUUGGAUCUUGUGGUGAAAUGAAUAGCAAUGAUGAUAUGGUUGUAGCUGUCAACUAUAUACAGAUGGAGAAUGGAUCUAAUCCUAAUAAUAAUCCACGCUGCGACAAAAAAGUCAAAAUUAUUGGAAAAACAAGGAAAGUGGUUACAGCCAGAAUAGUUGAUACCUGUCCUGGUUGUAGUUCUGGAAGUUUGGAUAUGUCUACUGCUCUAUUUAAAAAAGUAUGCGGAGACCUUGCACUUGGUGUUUGUAAAAUAAAAUGGGAUUUUAUUUGAAAAAAAAAAAAAAAAA